AUGCCGAAGGAAGCUGAUAUUUCGGCUAACGAGCGCGCAUUCAUUUUGGAGGCUCUCCAUAAAAAUGUGCGACUCGAUAGCCGUGCUCUAGACCAGCUCCGCCCGUUGACGGUGUCCUUCGGCGAUGAAUAUGGACAUGUCAAGCUGCAAUUGGGGAAAACUAGUGUUGUGGUGCGCAUAUCUGCGGAGGUGACCAAACCCCGCUCCGAGAGAGAGAACGAUGGAAUUUUCACAGUGUCUGUGGAACUUAAUGACAUGGCUUCUCCUGCCUACGAAACGGGAAGACAAUCAGAGCUAGAAUCACAGCUUGUCCGUACCCUUGACAGGAUAAUCCGGCGAUCCAAUGCGCUCGAUACUGAAUCACUCUGCAUAGCAGCGGGAAAAAAUUGUUGGCAUGUUCGGGCAGAUGUACAUAUCGUGGACUCAGACGGCGGACUGGUUGACAGCUGCUGUCUGGCCAUCAUGACAGGCUUGCUCCACUUCCGUUUACCAGAGGCCGUUGUUCGCGAGGGACGGGUGACCGUCUACCGUCCAGAAGAAAGAGUUCCAUCCCCUUUGAACUUAACUAAACUCCCGCUUUCCACUACGUUCAAUAUGUAUGAUGAGGGCAGAAUCAUUGUGCUAGACGCAACAUCAAAGGAGGAAGCUGUCAGCGAAGGAAGCCUCAUCAUUGCUCUAGAUAAGACCGGCGAGAUUGCUCUUUAUACAAAGCCAGACGGGACCCCAGGAGACCCUUUAAGCAUGAUUUCAUGCUCCACUGUGGCACUGGCUAAGAUAAAGGCCAUGAGCAAGUUCAUAUCCGCGAAGUUGGAGGAAGAUUUGAAGACUCGGGAACAAAAGCGUCAAGAUGCUGCAGAAUCAAGCGCCGCGAAUGAACGAUAAAUCAAUGAUCCUUUGAUGCCACUUUUUCUUUUAUAUGUGUUUGAUGAUGAAUGUGUUAUUUUGUAUGAUAACUGGAAGUAGCCCUGCUCGACACAUGCCACCCACAAGAGAUUUUUGACGAUUGACCUUUUCCUUGAUGGAUAUUGUUGCGUCUUUUAGUCUCUGGGCGCUUACGACCUAGUGCGAUCUCAGGCCGGACGAGCUGAUGCAC